AAAGUAAAAAGUACUUCCCCAUUCCUGCUCGGGUCAAACACGGAUGCACGUGACUGUCACAUGAUGGACUGUGACGUCGUGUUGUAGUCAGUCAGCUGCUCGCUCGAGACGACCGGGUGGAGUUGGAUUUGCUUACGUAUACACUGUAGUGGAUAUAUUAAAAGAUGGAUAUCCGCGGGGCUGUGGACGCUGCAGUUCCCACCAACAUCAUUGCUGCCAAGGCGGCAGAGGUGCGAGCCAAUCAGGUCAACUGGCAGUCCUACCUGCAGAGUCAGAUGAUCUCAGCCGAGGACUGUGAAUUCAUCAAGAAAUUUGAAGUGGCCAACUCUGAGGAGAAACAGGUCAUCCUUACCAAUGAAGGACAUCAGUGUGCAAAGACCUUCUUGAGCCUGAUGGCCCACAUCUCCAAGGAGCAAACCGUCCAGUACAUCCUGACUCUGAUUGACGACACUCUGCAGGAGAAUCACCAGCGGGUCAGCAUCUUCUUUGACUAUGCCAAAAAGAUAAAGAACACUGCCUGGUCCUACUUCCUUCCAAUGCUGAAUCGUCAGGACCUCUUUACUGUCCACAUGGCGGCGAGGAUCAUCGCUAAGCUCGCUGCUUGGGGCCGCGAUCUGAUGGAGGGAAGUGAUCUGAGCUACUACUUCAACUGGAUCAAAAGCCAACUCAGUUCACAGAACCUACAUGGUACAGGUCCAGAAACAUGCACAGGAGCAGGAACUAUUUCGCCCAGUGAAAGCUCCCAGUACGUCCAGUGUGUGGCGGGGUGCCUGCAGCUGAUGCUGAGGCUGAAUGAGUACAGGUUUGCCUGGGUGGAGGCUGAUGGAGUCAACUGCAUCACAGCGGUGCUGAGCAACAAGUGUGGCUUCCAGCUCCAGUACCAGAUGGUCUUCUGUGUGUGGCUGCUGGCCUUCAGUCCUCAGCUCUGCGAGCAGCUGAGAAGCUACAACGUUGUGCCGGCACUGUCCGACAUCCUCCAGGAGUCUGUCAAGGAGAAGGUCACUCGAAUCAUUCUGGCUGCCUUCAGGAAUCUCCUGGAGAAGUCCGGGGAGAAGGAGACUCUGCAGGAGUACGCCCUGGCCAUGAUUCAGUGCAAGGUGCUGAAGCAGCUGGAGAACCUCGAACAGCAGAAGUACGACGACGAGGACAUCACAGAGGACAUCAAGUUCCUGCUGGAGAAGCUGGGGGAGAGCGUGCAGGAUCUCAGUUCAUUUGAUGAGUACAGCUCUGAACUCAAGUCCGGCCGCUUGGAGUGGAGUCCUGUGCACAAGUCGGAGAAGUUCUGGCGUGAGAACGCCGUCCGCCUGAAUGAGAAGAACUACGAGCUGCUCAAGAUCCUGACGAGGCUCUUGGAGGUGUCGGAUGACCCUCAGGUCAUUGCAGUGGCAGCUCACGAUGUUGGAGAGUAUGUGCGGCAUUACCCACGUGGCAAACGGGUGAUUGAGCAGCUGGGUGGAAAACAGCUGGUGAUGAACCACAUGCACCACGAGGACCAGCUGGUCCGCUACAACGCCCUGUUGGCUGUGCAGAAGCUCAUGGUCCACAACUGGGAGUACCUGGGAAGACAGCUGCAGUCCAGCGAUCAGCAGCAAGCUCCGGCCGUGGCGGCCCGCAGCUGAAGUGCUCCUGCGCACGUGUGUUCGUGCGUUACCGUGUGGGUGACCGUGUCCUCUGGAUGUACUCUAAAAAUCAGCCGUUCAUUUCGUGUAAUGAAUUGAAAAAUCCAGCGGGAUAGUUCUCCCCCCCCUCCCCCCCCCACCUUUCACUCUCCUCCUCCCCCCUUCCAUCCGCUCCCCAAAUGAUCCUCGAUGUUGGUUGAGUUGCCUGUCGUGCUCCGUGUCGUGCCCUCUCAGCGAGGUGAUGUGUGGUGAUUGAAGUCGCACUGUGCGUCCGUGAUAAUGUACAAAAGCGAAACUUAUUUAAGUCGUACCUGUAAAGCCUGUGUGUUUGUGUCUGUGUGUGUGCGUGCGCCCCAAUAAAGAUGCUAUCUAUGGUGACAAGUUGUUAACUGA